UUGAAAGGGUCCCUGAUAUCAUUGUUGUGUAUUUCUGUUCGUGAAUGGGUUGAGAAGCAUUUUACUAUACGCAAUGCCGAUUUGGACCUUCGCGGGUGUUUUUUUGUUCCUGCAGACAUUAAACCAAAUCAAAGGUUUUGAUCUGGUCCGUCUCACGAACUUUGAGCCUGACGAUGGAAGUUAUACUGUCGAAGUCCAUUAUAACCAGAAAUGGCAUACGAUGUGUGGUCCACACUGGUAUCCAGCCAACGCCCGUGUUGUCUGCAGACAAACAAGACAACCAUCGACUCGGUGUGUAGCAGAAUUUCGAUCCAGCAAAGAUCUUCCAGAGGAAUCCAAGUCAAUAACUUUGAAUUAUCAGUGCAUCGGAAAUGAAACAGCUCUACAUAAAUGUCCUUAUCAGUUUGACCAAAAUGCUAUUGAAAGGAAUUGUGGCCGCCAGCCUCGUUUUGCAGUCAUUUGUGGAUUACAAUGUCCUGCAUGGCGCUAUGGUAACGAUUGUCUUCCAUGCUCCUGUAAUCAGAACAACACAGAGAAAUGCGAUGCUGAUACAGGAAAUUGCACGUGUAAGGCCGGGUUUUCUGGAGAAACAUGUGACUGUCUGACUGGAAAGCACACGUGUGAUUCCAAAACCUCUUUUUGUCAUUUGGACAACGGAAAACCAGUAUGUCUUUGUAAAAAAGGGAUAUCAGCAACACCCCAGAAUAAAUGUAAAGAUUUUGGCCUGCGAUUUACGGAAAGGUCUGCUAAGGAUAGAGGGGAAGUAGAGUUUUACGGUAACGGGACCUGGAAUGCCUUGUGUAUUUUGAGCUCUAGACCUUCAAAAAAUAUUUACAGUGUACUCAACGUUAUCUGCAGACAACUUGGAUUACCAGUGGUGCAUUCCAGUGCAUAUUUUUCCAAAUACAUUCCCAAAACUAACUUGCCAGAUUACGAAAUAGCUGAGGCAUCAUGUGACGGGACAGAAACUUCUCUGCAAGACUGUAACAUUACCAUGGAGCCUGCACUCAAGUGUAACAUAGCUGUAGGGAUUCAAUGCUUAGCAGCAUGUCCGGAAUGGAGAUAUGGAAAAGAGUGUACGUUCUGUUCAUGUAACAAAACGAAUACAGACAGUUGUGAUCCUACCACAGGAGCUUGUACAUGUAAACAAGGCUUCAGUGGUGCUACCUGUGAUUGCUUGCAGGGAAAUAAUCCAUGCAAUGAAACAGUAUCAGAAUGCCAUGCACAAUCAGGAUAUCCACUGUGUCUUUGUAAAAUCAAAUUCAUUGGAAGGAAUAAUUACAAUUGUACAGAUCCAAUACGGCUAGCAAAUCAAUCAACAACUGUAACGAGCAGCGGAAAAAAACUCUACGCUGGAAGAGUGGAGCUUUACGUUAACGGAAGUUGGGGAACGAUUUGUGAUGACGGCGCCUUUCCCGGAAGUAAAAUGUUCAAAGUAAUGUGUAGAAGUCUUGGUCUGCCAAGCAUAUACACAGAUUUCCGUAAAGAGGCAUAUUAUGGCCAAGGUAGCGGUCCAAUACAUUAUGGCUACAUACAGUGUGGCGGAACAGAAGACACUGUUUCUCAGUGUUACACUUCCACCACUGCUUAUUGUGACCAUCAUGAAGAUCUUGGAAUCAUUUGUGGCGAAGAAUGUCCAGCAUUCACAUUUGGAAGCGACUGUAUAAAUUGCCAAUGUGUACAGUCGAACACUCUCUAUUGUAAUAAAACAUCUGGCCAAUGUAAGUGUAAGGAUGGGUUUGAGGGCCAGACUUGCUCCUGUCGUAAAGGGAAUCACACGUGUGACCUAACAACAUCCAUCUGUGAAAAUGACGCAUGUUACUGCAAAUAUGGGAUCAAACCAACGUCAUCGUGUAUUGAGAGGCUCCGAUUGGACAAGGCAAACAACAGUACUUUACAAUAUCAUAGGAACAAUAAGUGGAAUUAUAUUUGUGCAGACGAUUUGGCAUCGCAAUUUGCAAGCGACCGUGUCAUUUGUCAGGCAAUGAACCUACCCACACGCAUUACAAGACUGAAGGAGAUUUACACUGCACACAAAGGUUAUAAGUUAAAGAUUGAUGACCGGUGUAUGACUGCAUUGCCCUCUCCCAGAGGGGAAUGCCUGAGGUUUGAGGACAGUCUCUCCAUCUGUGACAACGGAAUCGUGCAACUUCAGUGCUUAACAGAAUGCCCAGACUGGACAUACUUCACCCAAAACGAAUGCCAUGACUGUCCUUGUAACGUGACAAACACAGAACGCUGUGACAAGAGAUCAGGGAAAUGUGUAUGUAAACCUGGAUAUGUAGGGGAUCUCUGCAACUGUAAGGGGAAUACCUGUAACAUCGAUGUGGCUUUUUGUCAAGAAAACGAAAACGGAACUAGCUGCUUAUGUAAACCUGGCUAUGAAAACAGAGGAUUCAAUUGUCAAGAUUCUUUAAGGCUGACUUCGACAAAAAACCUGACAUCAAGCUUUAAAAGCGUGGAGUACAGAAUUGGCAUUUCCUGGAUUUCUGCCUUUGCACCACGAUACUCAACUCCACUGUAUAAUGGUGUUUGUGAACGACUGGGAUUACCCACGUUCUACAAUAAACUGUCUUCAUAUCCAGUUCCACCUGAUACCGAGUUAGUAGAUUCUAUGUGUAUGAGGGACGAGUAUUCACGUCUUAGUCUCAAUUACACCAAGUGUGAUAAAAAAGAUGGUUAUGAUGAUUUUUACUUCUAUAUGUCACCUCUGUCACAAGCUGAAACAGCUACAUGUUUAAGAGAUUGUCCUGGCAUGAUGUUUUUCAAUGCGUCUUCUUUCGAUUGUGUCCCAUGUAGUUGUAACAACAACAACACAGAUUCUUGUAACCAGACGACAGGAGAGUGCACGUGCAAGGCGGGGUUUUAUGGACCGUCAUGUGACUGCGUCCAGAAUCGGCACAACUGCAACAAUACGUAUUCCUACUGUUCCUUUCAUGGAACCACACCUGUUUGCAAUUGUAGAAUCGGGUUUUAUGGGAGGAAUUUGGGCUGUUUCGAAUCACUAAGAUUCAUCAGGAAUACAGGUGUUUUGCAAUUGUAUCAUCAGGAUCAAUGGAUGUUAAUUGGUUCCAGUUAUAGUUGGGGUAAAACGGAAAAUAAAGUUAUUUGCACUCAGUUGGGGUUACCAACUUUUUAUAUGUCAUACAUCUCGAAAUCUCGGAGACAGACAGGCCUGAUGUACAGCGAUUAUAGUAACAGGAAAAAGAUAACCUAUUUAUCAUGUACGGGAGACGAAAAAGAAGUAUCCCAAUGCAGAUUUAGCGUAUCUAGCUACAUUUCUAGUUAUACAUCGUUUGGAGUUGUUGAGUGCCGAUCAGAUUGUCCUGAUUUCCUUUAUGGCCUGACUUGCAAACGAUGCAAGUGCAACCAACAAUAUUCCACAAGCUGCAACAAAACUACAGGGGAAUGCAAAUGUAAAUCCGGGUACAGUGGUGACACUUGUGAUUGUGUAGUGGGAACACAUGCCUGCAAUGCAACCAUAGCUUUUUGUGGAGACCCAACCCCAACUUGUUAUUGUAGAGACCAGUACAACAGGAGAGGCCUAAGCUGCACAGAUUCCAUUAGAUUUUAUGGGAAAGUCAAUAGUAGUGAAGGAGUUCUUCAAAUUUACCAGAAUCGAUCUUGGAAUACAUUUUGUGACGACAGUUUCACAAAAUAUGAUGCCCGUGUUGCAUGCAGUCAUCUAAAUCUUCCGAAUCGAUACGUAACAUAUAAAACCAGAGAGUAUGACCAAAGAAUUCGAAACACCUAUGGAAUAGGAAUUGUGUACACCUUGCAAUGUAAUGGAAAUGAAACAAGUCUUUCCGAGUGUGAGGGAUUUAGCACACACGGAUCCUACUGUUCACAUGACGAAGAUGUUUACCUGCAGUGUUUUUCUGAAUGCCCUAAAUGGACCCAUGGAGAUUUUUGUGAGGAAAGAUGUGAAUGCAACCAAACUAACAGUUUAUCUUGUAAUGAGGACACUGGGAAAUGUACUUGUAAAACAGGGUACUUCGGUGACUUCUGUAAUUGUAUAACUGGUGUACAUACUUGCGAUCCAAAGAUAUCAGUCUGCCACACUAGCAGCUCGGGCAAUGCCAUUUGUCUCUGUAAACCUGGAUUUUCAGAGAACGAGUACAAGAAUGAAAAAUGUCUAAAAGAACAGGUACGGCUGAUCAAUCGGACAUCCUCCAAAGAAGGAGUGGUUGAAAUAUAUCGAUCUGGAUCAUGGGGAGGAGUAUGUAAAAACAGAAUGACUAAAAAGGAUGUCCAAGUUGUAUGUCGAGAGUUUGGUUUGCCUUGGAAUGGUGCUCAGUUAAUUAGAAACAUAGACACUGUACCAAGUUCCUACUUCAAAUGGUCUAAUAUCAAUUGCAAUGGAACAGAACAAAGUCUCCUGGACUGUGAAAGAGAAUAUGACAGCAGCACUUACUGUUACAACGGACGGCCUGCAACAAUAGCAUGCCCCAAUGAACCAUGGAUACGGCUAGUAUCGAAACAAACAACAAAUACAGAAACCAGUGGAACUCUUCAAAUUUAUCACAACAAAGAAUGGGGUUAUGUUUGUGAAAGUGGAUUUGAUGAGGAUGAUGCUGAAGUAGCCUGUCGAGAACUGGGGCUGCCAACGAAAUAUGUGCAAGAAAAAUCUGGAAGUACAUCUUACAUGAGUGCCAAAACACACCUAAAGUAUGUCAAUUGUAAUGGUAAUGAGGAAUCUCUGUCAGACUGCUCGGCAGACAAUGGGAGCUACUGUUCGAGUUAUAGGUACACCAGGGUUUGGAUCUCGUGUGAUAGUGAAUGCCCUCACAUGAAGUAUGGCGACAACUGUGAGGAAGACUGUCCAUGUAACAGCUAUAAUACUGCUUCUUGUGAUAUGGAAACUGGAGAAUGUAUAUGUAAGCCAGGGUAUACCGGGUUUUCCUGCAAUUGCCAAGUUGGUCGUCAUACCUGUAACACAAACGUUUCUGAUUGCUACGAGGAAUCGAAUAAUGUAUUGUGCAUUUGUAAGAAAGGUUUUACGAAAUCAGACCACAAUUGCACAGACAAUGUGCGCUUAGAUCCGGACAAACUGGUGCAAGUCUUCGAAGGUGAUGGAUGGGAUGGUAUCUGUAAUAACAAUUUGAAAGACAAUGCUAUUGUUAUCUGCCGUCAUCUUAACCUAAGCACGGAAGUUGUAUAUUCAACAUCAAAGUAUAAGAGGUAUGGAUAUACCAGGAAAUCGGUCAGUUGUAUAGGAACAGAGGAUAUGCUGUCGGAAUGUCCUUCAAGAACUGGCUCCUCCUGCUCGUACAGUCCAGUCGUCCACUGUGGUGAGUGCCCAAAAUGGAGAUAUUCUAAAGACUGUUCAGAGACAUGUGACUGUGACAGGGACACUAGUACUGGGUGUGAUUUUAGAGACGGAACCUGUUCUUGUCGUGACGGUUUUACAGGGGACGAUUGUAGCUGUCAUAUAUCUACAGCUCCAUGCUCGGGAUCGUCUUCUAAAUGUAAACUUGACAGGUGCAUCUGCAAAGAAGGAUCCUUCAAUCAUUCGGCAUCUUGUUCAGAUUUUUCUGACGUCAUAUUCUUUUGCUCUUUUGAAAAGUAUUCAUGGAAAGACACGUGCAGCAUUGAAACGUCAAAUUCACGUUUGUACCGAAACUCUUAUGUAUCAAAUUACGGCUGGAGACCAAGCACAGGAACUGAUGACAUAUAUUACCUCUACCUGGAUUCAAAACCUUAUUACUUGUCAGCUGACAAUUUUUUUACUGAAAUGAAUAUAACUUUAAAUAUAAAACGAAAGCAGUUUUGUCUUUAUUUUGACUACUUCCUUUAUGGUCGAGGAUCAAUAAGGAUUUCUACAAUAGACAACUCGUACAUGGAAUCUUCUAUAGCAGUUUUGUCUGGGUCACAGCAGAACUGGACAACCAAAGACACGCAAAUAAAUGGAACAAAACCUAUAUAUAAGAUUAAAAUAAGAAUGGAGGAGAGGACUGCAAUCGACAGAAUUAUCGUUGCAGGGUCCAGUUGUGUUUGUUCAAACUGGACAUUUGGUCACAACUGUGACAAAUGCGCCUGUGUCCGAAUGCACACACAGUCUUGUGACAAAACCACCGGGGCUUGUCUGUGUAAAAACGGAUUUACCGGAGAUGCCUGUCAGUGUGAGGCCAAUGGAAAACCCUGUCUCCAUGACGUUAGAUUGGUGAAUGGAAACUCAACAAACAUGGGCAGAGUAGAAGUGGUCACUGAAGGCAUAUGGUCCACAGUCUGUGACGGAAACUGGGAUGAUAAUGACGCAACAGUUGUUUGCAAGCAAUUAGGGCUUGGAAAAUAUGGCAUUGCAAUGAAGAAUGCCGCGUUUGGAAGAGGACUUGGUCCUAUUCACGUGGACAAGGUUGCUUGUAGAGGAGAUGAAGAGGAUUUGUUAAAAUGUCAAUUUACUCGAUCUUCAUGUGAUCACUCUGAUGAUGCAGGGGUAGUAUGUGUUAAUGCAUCGAGUAUAAUCCGACUGAGAGACGGUACCGACCGGACAAAUGGUCGUCUAGAGAUUAAAUUGGAUGAAGGUGGAUCCUGGGGUACAGUUUGUGACGACGGCUUCGGAGAAUCGGAUGCUAGAGUAGCCUGUCGACAGUUAGGUCUACCCACGAGAGCUGUUCAAGCAAAAACAUCUGCUUAUUAUGGAUCGGGAUCGGGAUCGAUUCUUUUAAGCAAUCUACGGUGCAACGGAGAUGAACCUGCUAUUCAGUCGUGCUCUGGGACAAAAAAUCCCAGUAGCUGUGGUCAUUAUGAAGACGCUGGUAUAUCUUGCUCAAAUGAUUGUCCUUCAUUCACUUAUGGAAAAGAGUGUGAAGACGAUUGUGUUUGCGACCGUAGUAAUUCCUUGUCAUGUGACAAAGACACUGGGGAGUGCAUGUGCAAGAAUGGAUGGUCAGGUGCACGUUGCACAUGCGGACAAGGAAUGAAAUGUGACGAAAACUCAUAUUGUGACGGGUACAAAUGCCUUUGUAUUGAUGGUGUUUUCUCUAAACCAUCUAACUGCUCAGAUGUCACAGACGUAUUGUAUUCCUGUUCAUUUGAAACAGAUUUUGAGACAUGUUCGAUUAAAAAUUAUGGCGAAAUGAAAUGGAGGAAAGACAGCAGUGGGACACCUAGUGAUGACACAGGUCCAUACUCGGCACAAGAAGGGAGAUACUACGUUUAUACAGAAGCCACCAGCCAAUCCACUGGUGAUAAAGGAGUAAUGGAAAUACCCGUUUCUAAUCUUAAUCUUACUACACAUGCAUGUUUCCAGUUUUACUUUCACAUGAGAGGAGAUGAUAUGGGUGAUUUGAAUAUAACUGCACAGGACACAUAUGGAUCUGAAGUGACUAGAUGGUCAAAGUCAGGACAUUAUGGUGCCCGCUGGGACAGAGGCUUUUUUUCUCUCCCACCAACUUCUUCAUUGAUUAUUGUAACUGGAAUAAGAGGUGACGGCUAUCAGUCAGAUAUUGCACUAGAUGACUUCAAAAUCUUUCAAGGACAUUGUGAUUGCGAUGAAUGGAAAUAUGGAUUAAUGUGUGAAAAAUCAUGUGAUUGCAUAAGAGGAACCUCUGAAGGGUGUAAUAGUCAGACCGGAAGCUGUAUUUGCCAGUCAGGAUGGAGUGGAAAAACAUGUAAUUGCCGGAAAUCAAGAGAUACAUGUCACCCUGCUUACUCUUAUUGCCAUGGAGAUAUCUGUUUAUGUAAAGAUGGCGUGUAUGACAACGGUGUUCCGUGCUCUGGUAUCAAUGAUGUUAUAUAUUUCUGUGCAUUUGAUAUGCCAGACAGUUUCAAACGCUGCAAAAUUGAAUUGCCUCCAACGCAGUGGGAGAUUGAAGAGGACAGAACACACUCGAUAAGUGAUAGCUAUCAUCUGAUCAACAACCGCUACUUGCAAACAAAACUGUCCCCGGAAAGCACAAUGUAUUCAUUUUCCCUCAAAAAUAUAUCAUUAAAAACUGAUAGUUGUCUUCAAGUAAAAUAUUUUACACGCGAUCCCACGAAGCAAAGUCUACGAAUUCAGGUGAUAAGAGAUGGGCAUUUGAUGAUUAAUAGGCUGUUUCAAGGAAGAGAUUGGUCGACUGCCCGGGUCUCCAUAAAAGCAUCUUCAAGGAUCAAGAUUCAUUUCAUUGUCAACGUCUACAAUAAUUUGCCUGUGCUUAUAGACGACAUAAUCAUAACGGCCAAGAAAUGUGGUGCUUGUUCACAGUGGUAUUAUGGUUCGGAUUGUGAAAAGAUGUCGAAAUGUAAUCGUACAAUGACUCUUUCAUUUGACCACCAAGAUCGAUGCAAUUGUAAGCCAAACUGGUACGGUGAAACAUGUGAUUGCUCUAAAUCAGAAAACGAUGCAUGUCUCAAACGGGGAGAGAUCUGUAUGGGAGGUACUUGUUCUUGUGAGAAUGGAUAUACAAGAGCUGGAUUGGGUUGCAGAGAUAUUGAUGAAUGCAAAUAUCAAUGCAAAAGUUCUUUGCAAACAUGCAAAAAUACGAAUGGAUCGUAUUCAUGCGUUUGUAAUAAAGGUACUUUUGGAGAUGGUGCCAUUUGCUCAGAAUCCCUGCUCGCCAUUACAAAUGGGUCUACACCAAUGGAUGGAACCAUACUGAUGUGGCGAGACAAUGUUUGGGGUGCAGUGUGUCAGUCCUUUGAUCUAUUUACAGCUAUGCUAGCUUGCAAUACACUUUUCGGGGAUGAUAUACAUGGUGUUCAUCUUGCUCAGGAAGGAGGCUACAAAUCGCCAAAUGGGGUCACAUACAAGUCUUUUGUAUGUGAUCAAAAAAGUAAGGGAUUUGACCUCACAAAAUGCAAUGUCUCUAUUGAACCAUGUGACACCGAAAAAGAUGCAAUGCACCUAUCCUGUGGCGUCUGUGGAGGGGUAUAUACAUCUCCGUUUGGACUAGUGGAACCCCCUCUUGAAGUCCCAGCUAGUACAUUGUGCUUCUUUGUAUUGAAACCAUUCAACUCUAAAACGAUCAAUGCAACAUUCAUUUCUUUCACAUUAAAUUCAAAUGAUCAGUUUCGAAGAAAACGAUCUUCAUCUAUAAUUCGAAUUCCAUGCGACGACACAUAUCUGGAGGUAUUUGAUGGUCCAGAUGAAAAGUCACCUUUUAUCCAACGAUAUUGUAACAGUCAACCUCGGUUCACUAUCACUUCUACUGGAGAUAGUCUAUUUAUUAUCUAUAAAACAUCAAGAAACACAUCAAAACACGAUUUCCAGAUUAUCUACGAAACAGAGAAGAAUGUGGAAGAUCCUCACGCACUGGGGGAACGCUGUAGUCACUCUGUGCAGUGUGUAGCAAACAAUGCCUCCUGUAUCAGAAACAUAUGUACUUGUCAUAGAGAUUAUUAUAUGUUUGAUAGAGCCACUUGUUUGGAACGAAAAAGUUGGAACUCUUCAUGUAGUAUAAAUGAAGAAUGCAAGACCUCUUAUUGCCAUGCCGAAAACCAAGUGUGUAAUUGUCCAGAGUACUCAGAAAUCGAUGUAGUAAAUGAAGUAUGUCUUGCCAGACAAGCAAAAUCGCAGCAAGAACAACAACAACAGUGGUUGGUCCCCGUCCUCCUGCUCAUCAUCAUAAUCAUAAUAAUACUUAUUGCUGCCAUCGUUAUCUUCGCUAAAAGGAAGGGAUACAUUCUAUGGCAGACAGGAAAUGAUGCUACUUUUACGUAUUCCGAGCUAAUGUCAGCGUCCAAUCCUUUGUAUGGAUUUAAUACAGACGACAAGAGUUCGCAUCGAGGCUCUGUAAUUUCUAUAAAUCAAGCAGGGGAAGGUAACCACAGAAUACGUUUGAGUACUUUUGGAGAUACCUAUGAGAGUUUGUGUGAUGAUGUUCAUUGGCCAGAAGAGGAAUUUAGGAAUAUAGUAAGGUCCUGCGAGCAGAGACCAUCAGACAUUGGAGCAGCCUCACAGAAUAGACAUAAAAACAGAAAUAGAGAUGUCUUGCCAUAUGACUACAACAGAUUAAGGGAAUCUGGUACAACCAGUGUGAAUGACUACAUUAACGCAAGUGUUAUAGAGGGUCUACAUAGUCACUACCCUUACUAUAUCGUGACACAGUAUCCACUCAUUUCAACUCAAAAUGAUUUUUGGGAAAUGGUGUGGAAGCAAAGAGUAGCUUCCAUCAUUAGUCUUGUUUCCAGCAGCGAAAAGGAAGUAUACUUUCCAACAAGAACUGGCAUGACAAGAAGCUUCGGGAAAAUCAAGGUGCAAACACUGUCAACAUUAACUGUUCACAGGUGUACAUUCCGAUGCUUAAAAAUUGUGAAGGGGUCCAAGAGCCACACAGUAAACCACUUUCAGUCAUCAUUUCUAUCCAAUUUCACGAAAGAUGAGUGUUCAGAUCUUUUGAAUCUCAUUAAUCUUGUACAUUCCAAUUCUGAAGAGGGAUAUGACAGUAGACCACUUGUCAUACACUGCCUGAAUGGAACUGGUAAAUCUGGUAUCUUUGUUGCCAUGGACUAUCUUAUACAGCUCAUUAGAAAUGGGGAUACGCAUGUCGAUAUUUACAACCUCACGCACGUCCUGAUCACAAACAGGGAGAAGUUAAUAGAAAACGAGUCACAAUACCAGUUCCUGUAUGACUGUGUAGAAUUUUAUUUGGACCACGAAAAGAAAAGUCCACCUCCUAAAAUACCAGAGCCUUAUCCUACAGAAGAGGAAGAUGUUGGACUUAUAGAGCUGUCCCCUACUGACAAGACGACAUUUUUUACAAAGAAGUACUGAGAAAUAAAGACUUUAUCUUCCAGCAUGUUAAUCAAAGUUCAUGGAAUGCGUACAUCUACACCCUAAUUAAAUAAAGCUACAGCAGAAGCGAAUUUUAAAAAUUGAGGAACCCUUUUUCAGAAAUUACGUAAUUUAAAUACUAAAAUACCAAAAUUAUGCAUUAAAGAAAUAAAAUCAACCCUCUUGUCCUAAAUUCACACAAUUUAUCUUUGCAAACUGAGAAACUUAUUACCUAUGCUUUGAUAGUGUUUUGAUGUUAAUAUUGAAGAAUUGCCGUAUUUUAUUUAGAAUAUUUUGGAAGGCUUUCUUAAUGAUUCGUACUUCAAAAAAUAGUUAUAGAAUUAAAGGGAAUGUAACAAAGAUUUUGAUACGAAUGAUUCAUAACCAACUAUUUUAAUACCAGCAGAGUUACGUUUUAGUCACUCUGUAUAGCACAUUAUUUCAUAAUUUCAGGUCGAUAUGAUUUUUUAAAUUGCUCUUGGAGUCUUCAAGAUUUUUUAGUUGGAUCUGUUUCUGAAAUCUGUACGAAAACAUUUAUAUUAAUCGAUGUAUUAAAUAAUUAAUUGAUAAUGAUAAUGAUAAUUAUAAUUAAAUAAUUAAUUGAGAAUUUUAUUUGGACCACGAAAAGAAAAGUCCACCUCCUAAAAUACCAGAGCCUAAUCCCAUAGAAGAGGAAGUUUUGGAAAAUGAGUUCUACCCUACAUGAAAGUUCCUUGGACUGUUUUUAUGCAGUAAAAUGAGUGUGUGUAAGGUUACAUGAAGUGAACAUUGAGUAUAUGUUGCCAUUUUGUAAAAAAAAAUAUUAUCCCUUGAAUAUGAAACUCGAAAGAAGUAUUAUGUAUUUUAGAAUGUAUUUCUGUACAAAAAAUGGUUAACAUGCAAUUUUUUGCAUUGAUUAUUGUAUGAUAUAAUUCAAAAUGAUAAUCUAUUGUUUAAGCUUUUUUAACGAAUGUAAUAGCUUUCUUCAUGUUCUUUAAAUGUGUUUUGCAUGUCUUCCCAAUAUAUUUUGAGAAAUAUA